CAUGAGAACUUCAGGAAACAACAGACUGAGAAAAUAAAGGACCAAGAAAUCAGUUCCAAGGUGUAUUUCCUGAAGCAGACAGUCAGUAACUCCUGCGGUACAAUUGGUCUGAUACAUGCAGUUGCUAAUAAUAAAGACAAACUGAAGCUUGAUGAUGGAUCUGCCCUGAAGAAGUUUCUUGAUGAAACCGCUGAUCUGACUCCUGAAGAGAGAGCUAAACAUUUUGCAAAUAAUAAGGCUAUUCAAGAAGUCCACAACUCUGUUGCACAAGAAGGACAAUGUCGGGUGGAGGACAACAGUGUGAACUUCCACUUCAUCCUGUUUGUCAAUGUGGAUGGGCACCUGUAUGAAUUGGAUGGGCGUAUGCCAUUUCCUGUAAACCAUGGCACGAGCUCAGAUGACUUGCUGUUGAAGGAUUCUGCUAAGAUUUGCAGACAAUUUACAGAACGUGAAAAAGGAGAAGUUCGUUUUUCUGCUGUGGCAUUGUGCAAGUCUGCCUGAGAGUCUGAAGAGAUGCAAGGAAAGCAGUCUAAUAGCACACCAGUAAAUGCAGUCUAAACUCCAGUGCUUCAGUUCUUGUUAAACACAGCUGUUCUGGUUACUUAAAUUGUUUCCACCUCUUGCUAUACACAGGAGCAACAUCAGCCGAGCUUAUGCUGAAGGAUGAGCUCAAGUUUUAAUGUGAACGGUUUGGACACAUCAGAUGUCUUUAGACUCUUUUUUCACAUGUUAAGUAGAAAAGGCUUAACAGGGCUUGUUUAAUCUGUGUCAUGUUAAUUGAGCUGUUUGGUUGAUAUUUCCUUGUCCUUCACGAGAAUAAAAAUCUUCUGCUGGAAGGCU